AUGAUUCAAUCCUCUCCAAUUGCAAACUUUUCAACAAUGAAUUUAUCAGAAAAGACAGAUAUAGAUAAAUCUCUAGAGAUGAUUAUCCAGGGUUCAAAUAUGAAUUAAAAAGAAAUGGCAUCAUCAAUGUAAAUUCAAAUUUAAGACUACUAGGAAAGCUUGAUUGAGAUUUAGAGUAUCUUUAAGCAAUUCAAAGUUGAUAUCACAAGCAUAUAGUUUUAGUCAUGCCCAGCUCGUAAAAAUAAAUAAAUGAUUGACCUUUAACUCUAUUUUAAGGAUGGAGUGUAAGAACAAAAAAUAUAGAAAAUGAUUCAAUAAGUAUAAAAAAUAUGUUAGUAGGUGAAAUUGCUAAAAUUGCCUGAAGUACCAUGGUUCCCAUAAUAAUUGAAGGAUUUGAAUGAAAUUGGAAAGUCAGUUAUUCAGACUGAAAGUGAUAGCUAAAGAGUCGAAUUAUUGUACUUUAAGGAUUAGUAAUAUUAAAAAAGAAGAAAAUAAAUCGCAUAAGCAGCUUAUGAUUACAAAAUUAACGAAAGUAGGAGUCUUCCAAUAAUUCAAUAUACUAAAAAGGAUAAUUAUGUUUGGAAUUAUUGCUUUAACCGUCUUUCUAAACUUUACAAGAAGUUUGCUUGUGAAGAAUUUAAUUGUGCCAUUGAUCAGUUUAAAAAAGAAUUCUAAAAUUUCGAUGAGAAAAUUCCAUAGUUUAAUGAAGUCUCAAUGUAUUUAACGGAAUAGACUGGAUGGAGACUUAAACCAGUCGCUGGUAUGAUAACACCGAGAGAAUUCUUAAAUGGACUAGCCUUCAAAGUAUUUCACUGUACUCAGCACAUAAGGCAUCAUAGUGUACCGCUAUAUAGUUAUGAACCUGAUCUUAUUCAUGAGCUACUAGGUCAUGUACCUAUGUUUGCAACCAAAGAUUUUUCUGAUUUUUCCUAAUAAAUAGGACUGGCCUCACUCGGUGUGAACGACACAGAACUAGAAAAGCUAGCAGCAAUCUAUUUUUAUACAAUAGAAUUCGGAAUGUGCAGAGAAAAAGGUUAAUCAAAAGCUUAUGGAGCAGGAAUAAUGGGAAGUGUUCAUGAAUUAGAAUACUGUGUGAGCGAUAAACCUUAGAUUCUACCUUUCAAUCCUUUUGUUAUUUGCAAAGAUCACAUGAGUUAUCCUUUGAAUUCCAUUCAACCAGUAUAUUUUGAGAUUGAUUCAUUCUCAGAUGUUAAGAAAUAAGUUUCAGACUACUGCAAUUAGAUAGAGAAACCUUUCAACGCUAUAUACAAUGCCAAACAAGAAAGAAUAAUAAUUGAUAGAGAGGUAAAAAUGUGUAAAUGA